ACCACCAAUAAUGCGGAUAAUGCGGGGCAAUAUUAUAUUACAAAAACCCUAAACCAUAAUGCGGAUAAUGCGGGGCAAAAAUCACCAACAUAAAACGUAUAUAAAACCCUCCCAAUUAAAAAAGAUCAUCAAAACCAUGGCUGGUUGUGGUUCUCCCUGUGGAGCCUGCAAGUUCUUGAGAAGAAAAUGUGUGAGAGGGUGUAUUUUUGCGCCUUAUUUCUGCUAUGAAGAGGGAGAUACCCAUUUUUCUGCCAUCCACAGGGUUUUUGGCGCAAGCAAUGUGUCGAAGCUUUUAGCAACCCUUCCGUUGAGCUAUCGAUGCGAGGCCGCAAUGUCGAUAUCAUAUGCAGCUCAAGCCAGGCUUCAAGAUCCCAUAUAUGGCUGUGUUUCACAUAUUUUUGCUCUCCAACAGCAGGUGGUCGACUUACAAGCACAGUUAGCUUUCCUCAAGGAUCAAGCAGCUCAAAGCUUUGUCAAUGAAUUUAGUGAAUAUCCCAGAAGAAAAUGUCCUCUUCGAAGCUGCCAUAUGAGACAUUUUCUAUGAAGAGGACAGCUCUUUCACUCAUAUCCCAUAAGAGCUGCCCAGGUACGUACGUUGCAAUCUCCUUCACUCAUAAAUCAAUUUAGAUGCUAACUUAAUAUUACAAUAUUAAUAUGCUAAUAUGCUAGACCGUUAGAUCGUUGUAUAUAAUACAUACAAGGAAAGCUGGGGUGGGCAUUUAUGCCAACCAACAUGACUUGCCUUGGCCAGUGAAUGACUUUGUAAGCAAAGAGCAUGCGAGGGACGGCUAAGCUCUAGCUUUGUCCACAUGGAAGUGCAUGGGUCCUCUGCUCUUCUGUGUGGUGUCCAGUAGUAGACAAUGGACGGCUGAGAUUUGUACUAUAUUUUUAUGAUGUUAAUUAAGAAUUUAAAACUGUGCUGAUCGUCUCACCUCUUGGACUCUUCUUCCACUUAUUUAAGGUGGUUUUGGAUCAACCAUAACUCAUUUGAUCAGCCUACGUACCUACGUACCAAAACCACUAAACCCCAUUUCUUAACUAAUCUAUUUUUUCUUGCUCUUUCUAUCUGCCUUUUUGUUUUUACUUCUGUUUGUGUUUGUGUUUCUGCUGUUUUUUCACGAAGAAAAGUUUAGGAGGAGGGGAGACUACCCCAUCCCUGGACGGGGACAUAUUUUCUGCUGUUUUUACUUGUUUAGACGAUCAUACUUUUUUAUUUUUCGGUGUCCUACUCUGAGCUACCAAGUAACUGUCCUGCACCCAAAGUUAAAA